AAAGAAAAAUGAUGGAAAAAUGCGUUAAAGAUUAAAUCGUAGUGACUGAUUUGUACCAUCACCAAAGUUUAGUAACCAAUAACCAUUACCGUAAUUGACCCAAUUUAUAGCCGCGAAGGCGGAAGUUAGUGCGGUCUGCGGCUUGCUUAGGGCUUGACUGAAACUCAGCUGCCGAAAGGGAACCCUGUGGUAGCGGAAAAGGAGAAACCGGCGAUGGGAAGCGAGUCGAAAUCCAGUGGCAACACCGCCCCAAAUGGCGGUGGAGGAGGAGGGUUCAAGUCGAGGUUAGAACAUGCCAUGUACAGCGGGGACAAGAAGCAUGUCUUGGCUGGGAUAGCCGUAAUAUCAGUCAUCUUCGGCAUCCCUUGGUACCUCAUGAACAGAGGAUCAAAGCAUCAGUCGCAUCAAGAUUACAUGGACAAGGCUGAUAGGGCACGGAAGGCAAGACUUUCUUCUGGUUCUUCAGCUAGCUAAUCUCAGUAAACCUCAAAACCCUUUUCAUAGGUAUUAAGACGUGUUGUUUGCAUAGCACAAUAGCUAAGUCAUUUUUUGAGCAAAAGGAAAGACAACUAUUAGUCGAGAUUUCUUGUCUGUGGCUUCCUCAGUUAUUUUGUUUUCAGCUGGCUGUUAGCAGGUCAGGGAAUAAAGCAUACAUUAUUUUUGUUUUAGUGCUAAUCAAAAUGAAGAUUCAUGUUUUGAUGCUCUGGGGCACAGUGUAAAUGGAUGAUUCUUAUCUGUGUAACCAUCAGCUGAGAAGUUCGUCCAAGUUCGAAUAAUAUGAUUGCAGUCUUGGCCAUAUCGUUUUACGACCCAACAGUUCUUGUCCCGCCGGAAGACCAGCAAUCACUGUGCAUGUCAAGCAAUGUUCAUCGUGUAAGCACCGGUCAAUUGUUGAUUGUGGAUGGUUUUAUGAGUAUGUCUGAUGCAUUAUGAAAUCGACGGCACGUGAUGAUCUGGAGAAGAUUUUGGCUAGAAUGCUUGUUGGUUCAUCUUGCUCUUCGAGCUGGGAGUAAUGGAAAUGAUACGUUGUAGGAGGCAUUCUAACUUUAUCCUAGUGUAACUCUGAAAGCUAGCCUCGAAAAUUUGAACUACUUUGACGCGCGACUUGCAUUUAAACUUCGAAAAUUAGAUUCAUUUGGCGAGAUCCAAAUCAAAUUUGAAAUGCUGAUAGUGAGAUUAGAAUAAGAAAGGGUACUGGAAACU